AUGGCUGUGAAAACGGCGGGAUUGGAGACGGCAGCAAGCAAUCAACAGCCGGUCGACAGUUCACUUCAACCAUUCCUCCAGCGCGACUUCGAUCCCGCAGACUACUUGAAUAGCUCUCUGUCUUCUCUCGCAACAGCACCUGCUUCAGCACAGAUAGGUGCCAGCAAUGGCCAGCCUGUUCCUUUGCAGGAGCUCAGCAGCCAACUACAGAAUCUACUUACGCAGUUGAAUGCGCAAGCUACGCGGCUAUCCACUAACCUUACCCAACUUACCGAUGAGAUUAUCCGCAGCGGUAGCCGGCUGGCUUAUGAAGUCGAGGUGCUACGUGGCGAUGCGAACAGCCUGACUCAUUCGAUUGACAGUGGCUUGAGGCAGGACAUAGAGCUGUUCACACCCGCGCCGUCUUCGGCAGCAGCAACCGAUGCUAGCAAUGAAGGCGAUGGUGUGCCUCCACCCGUCGGCCAGGUCGGCGGAGAACCAGAGUACCUUGACCGCUUGCGCACUCUCACCAAUGUCCGUUCACGCUUGGACGCCGUCAUCAAAGUAUUCGGUGAGGCUAUGGCAUGGCCUUUGGCGCCCUCGGAGCUCGCGACAACCUCGCUUGUAGCUGUUUCUGCUCCAGCAUCAGAUGCUGACUUACAGGCUAGUGAGCGGAAGGGGAAAGGAUACAUGGAGCAGCUUCGGGAUGAGCUUAACGAUUUGAUCGGCUCAGGCGACGACCCUGCAGGCCUCGAUGCUGCAGCCGCGCGUGUAGCGAAGCUGAGAUCGCUGGCAGAAGUCUGGAGAGGGACAGUGGAGGAGAAGGCACGUAUGAGGCUUGUGGACAGCCUCCAGACGCCAAUUGAGGAGAAGCAACGAGCGCUGGAGGAGGCAGGCCGGAGCACGAAGACAACUACAACCCCAGCACGAGGCGUCGAUCAUCGAUACGGUGAUCUUGCUGCAACGCGUACGGCAAGCGAAGGCGGCUACGGUUUCCUACAGAAUUUGAGGAAUCUGAAGAACGAGGUCUACCUUGAGUAG